CACCCCUCUUUCUCUUCUCCUGCAACGAACAACAAGCAGCAGCCUUUCACUCUCUCUCUCUCUAAAAUUUUAUCUCUCUACCAGGCUCGCUUUCUCUCUGUCUUUCCAGCCUCGUCUCUCUUUGCAGAAGAACAGCUGGUUAUGGAGCCAGCUGUUUUUGUCAGUUGACUUUUAAGUUGGAGAAUGCAAGUUACAGUUGAGGUGUUACAAUUGCAAGUUUAAAUUUUUGAGUAUUUUGAGGAUGGGGUCUGCUUGUUGUGUCGCUGCUAGAGACAAGACUAUAACAAACAGAGCAAACAGUGAAGUUCUGCAUCGCAAUAUUCGGUAUUCUCCAACAUGGAGCUUUCGAUGGGAUAACCGAGUGGGGGUAGCAGGUGAAGAGACUUCUGUGAGUUGGUUUUCUGAUGGAAUUAGCAGAAACGAUGGUUCUGAAGUUAAAUUUGAGUCAGCAUGUGUAUCAGAGGAGGGAAGUCCAUUGGUACAUUUUCGAAGACAUACAGGGCAAAAGUCCUCCAUUUCUGAGGGAACUGCUGGCCAUGUGAGGACUCCCGCUUCAGAUCGAUCUAUUUCAAGAAAUAUUUCCAUGGAUGCAAGUCUAGAACAGGCAAAGGAGUCAACAGAAUCCCCUACAGUUUCAUAUCCGUCCCCGACGAAGUUAUCAGUUUCAUUGCCUUCUACUUCAUCGUUGUCUGCAUCCCCAUUGUCAUCCCAGUGUCAUCUGCCUCCUGCUAGCUCAACGCCAUUGAGGUGGCCCCGCUGUUCUCCAGGACAUCAGCUAUUAAGGCAAGUAUCUGAUGGCCGAGUCCCAGGCAACAAGUCACCAAACAGCUGCUCAAUUUCUGAAGAUAGGGCAAGGCUCCCCUCAUGGAGCAAUGAAUCUGCUAGAGGCUCCCGUGGUGGGUCUUCAGAUAGUUGGUCUAUGCAUGCAUUUUCUGAGCUCAUGGCCACAUCUAAUAGAGAAAGGUGGUCUUUUGAUAGUGAGUCCUUUGGCUUUAAUCGUGAGAAGAUAACUAGAUCCAGUAGCAGAAUUUCAGCUUCACCCCCUGUUGAUUUGCAGACGUGUGGGGUUUGCUCAAAGCUUUUGACUGAGAAAUCUUCAUGGAGUGGCCAAAAGAUUAUUGCAAACAAUGAGCUUUCUGUGGUCGCAGUGCUAAUUUGUGGGCAUGUUUAUCAUGCCGAAUGUUUGGAGAAUAUGACUUCUGAAAUUAACAAGUAUGACCCAGCCUGCCCGCUUUGUACUUUUGGGGAGAAACAGAUCCACAAGUUGUCUGAAAAGGCAUUGAAAGCAGAAAUGGACUUGAAAUCUAGAAACAAGAGAUCAAGAAACCGGGUGUUAGACCUUGACAGUGAUUCUGUUGUGUUUGAUCGCUUGAAGAGUAGUGGACAUCAAGGAAAGGGCCCUAAGAUGGGAUCGAGUUCCAGCAUGAGAAGCUCCUUGGGAAAGCCUUUUCUGAGACGACACUUCUCUUUUGGCUCCAAGAGUACUCGAGCCCUAUCAGAGAAUCACUCUACGAGAAAGAAAGGGUUCUUCUGGGCAAAAUCUAGCAAGAUGUGAGCUAACUUAUAGAUGUUUGGGAGAUUCCAGUGUUGAUUCUUCUUUUGCAAUCUCAGUUGGAUAAAGGAUUGCGAAGAGGGCAGUUAUCAAGACAUUGUAAACAUCUGCAACUGCAUCUUGACAUUCAACAGGGUUAGCUUAUGGAGUUACACUGUAAAGAGGAGGAGGGAAUAUGUAGAAUAGUGAAAGGAAAAAAUAGUGGAAUGAAAAUGCAUAAAAAGACCCCUGUGAUCUGAUUCUUCUUAUUGUUCAAAUUUUAUUCCUUGCGUGAAUCCAUACAUGAAUUUAUCAAAAUGAUAACUUAUGUAUGUCAGUGGGAUGCUGGGUUUGCCAAAAAACACCAUAUCCCUUCCUACGACUUUCUGUGUUGUGUUGCCAUGUAAUUUUUCUGCAGGUGCUACCGUUUCCAUGACAAAGUACACUGUUUUGAAUUGACAGAGACCUUUCCAGUA